UCUCUCUCUCUCUCUCUCCUCAAGCCUAUUUGCUACCAUGAAUUGUUGGCCUGUGAGGCAAUCCGUGCUUUCAGCUGGUUACAAAAACCAGCCAAUCGCAGCUGCAUAGCUCGGUCAGAGAGGGGAGGGGCUUUGAGGUCUCGCUUGUCAAAACUCUUUGGGUGUUUUUUUUUUGCUCGUGCUGGCUGGACUAAGGGGGGAGCGGAGCAGCACGAGCGGCAUGGAGACUCACUGGGGCGUGGCUUCAUGUCAAGCAUUCCCAUCCCUCCCUCCCUCCCUCCGAUGACAUCACGUCUUAGCGUUCCUCCCUGCAAGCGUGUUUCCACUGUUAUGUGUGUGUUUGUGCUGGGGUGAUGACGUUUAGCUGUCCGGAGAAGGGAGAGAGAGAGAAAGAAAGAUAGAAAGAGACACAGAGGGGACGGAAGAGCGACAGACCGACCGAGAAAGACAAGAGAUAGCCAAAGACAGAAAGAGUUAACAGACAAUAGUGUGUGAGAGAGAGGAGGAGGAAAGGCCUAGAGUGCAGGAAGUCGGUCCGUAGUAGGAGUGUUGUGCUCUGCGGUUGUGGUGGGAGUGAGAGGGGCAGUUUGGUUGGUGCUGUGGUGCUGCAGCCACUCUCUCUGGCCUGUGCUGAGAGUUGAGUGCACUGCACUGCACGGGAACAACAACAAUGGAGCCUGCCUGAGUACUACUGCUAGUCACUCUCUCACACACACUCACACCCUCCAGAUGAGUUAAGCGGUGGCCAGGGCUCCGGCUCCCCGCGUGAGUCUCCGCAGCCAUGGCGAAGCGCGAGAGCAACAGCAGCAGCAGCAGCAGCCCCGUGGUGCGGCAAAUAGACAAGCAGUUCCUGGUCUGCAGCAUCUGCCUGGACCACUACCACAACCCCAAAGUCCUGCCCUGCCUGCACACCUUCUGCGAGAGGUGUUUACAGAACUACAUUCCUCCCGAGUCUCUGACGCUGUCAUGUCCCGUGUGUCGGCAGACGUCCAUCCUGCCUGAGAAGGGCGUGGCGGCGCUCCAGAACAACUUCUUCAUCACCAACCUGAUGGAGGUCCUCCAGAGGAACCCCGAGUGCUCCCCGCCGGAGGCCUGCAGCGUGCUGGAGUCUGUCAGUGCUGCGGUGGCCGGCAAGCCCCUCUGCUGCCCCAACCACGAGGGCAAAGUGAUGGAGUUCUACUGCGAGUCGUGUGAGACGGCCAUGUGCCUGGACUGCACGGAGGGAGAGCACAGGGAUCAUGUGACCGUCCCCCUAAGAGAUGUCUUGGAGCAGCACAAAACCGCUCUCAAAAAACAGUUGGACACUAUUGGAAACCGGCUUCCUCAACUCACGGCGGCCAUCGAGCUGGUGAGCGAGAUCUCCAAGCAGCUGACGGAGAGGAAGAACGAGGCGGUGACGGAGAUCAACGCCACCUUCGAGGAGCUGGAGCGGGCGCUACAGCAACGCAAGAGCGCCCUCAUCACCGACCUGGAAAACAUCUGCAAUGCCAAGCAGAAGGUGCUGCAGGCCCAGUUGUCUCUGCUGCUGCAGGGGAAGGAGCACAUCCAGAGCAGCUGCAGCUUCACGGAGCAGGCCCUGUCGCACGGCAGCGCCACCGAGGUGCUGAUGGUCCAGAAGCAGAUGAGCGAGCGCGUGGCCGCGCUGGCCAAUCACGACUUCCCUGAGCGGCCGCACCAGAACGCACACCUAGGCUGCCAGGUGGAAACGGAGGGUCUGCGGCGUUCCAUCCAGAACCUCGGGGUGCUCCUGACCACGGCCGCGGUGGGCCACACCAGCGUGGCGACAGGCGAGGGCCUGCGUCACGCCGUAGUGGGCCAGCACGCCUCGGUCACCGUCACCACCAAGGACAAGGACGGCGAGCUGGUGCGCUCAGGCAACGCCAUGCUGCGAGCCGAGAUCACGGCGGUGGCGGACGGCUCACGUGCGGCGGAGCCCGACGUCACGGACAACAAGAACGGCACGUACGAGGUGGGCUACACGCUGCGCUCCGAGGGCGAGUUCGCCUUCGCCCUCCAGCUCUACGGCCAGCCGGUGCGCGGCAGCCCCUUCCGGCUGCGCGCCAUCAAGCCCUCGGACGUGCCGCAGUCGCCCGACGACGUGAAGCGCCGCGUGAAGUCGCCCAGUGGCACCGGCGGCCACAUCCGGCAGAAGGCCGUCAGGAGGCCAUCCAGCAUGUACAGCACCACCAAGAAGAAGGAGAACCCCAUCGAGGACGAGCUCAUCUAUAGAGUGGGCUCAAGAGGUCGAGAGAAGGGUGAGUUUACUAAUCUGCAAGGCAUAUCAGCCUCCGUCACUGGCAGAGUCGUGGUGGCGGACAGCAACAACCAGUGCAUCCAGGUGUUUACAAAUGACGGGCAGUUCAAGAUGAGGUUUGGGGUCAGGGGUCGUUCUCCCGGACAACUGCAGAGGCCCACAGGCGUCACUGUGGAUAUGAAUGGUGAUAUCAUAGUGGCGGACUACGACAAUAGGUGGAUCAGCAUAUUCUCACCGGAUGGAAAGUUCAAGAGCAAGAUUGGCUCAGGGCGGCUUAUGGGCCCCAAAGGAGUAGCUGUGGACCGUAACGGUCACAUCAUCGCCGUGGACAACAAAGCCUGCUGCGUCUUCAUCUUCCAGUCCAAUGGCAAGCUCGUCACCAAAUUUGGAGCCAGAGGAACCUCCGACAGGCAAUUUGCAGAAAAGAGUAGCGUACACUUUUCACUGGGGUUUAGUAAGUCUUCCGCAGCCUUCAGUCCUCAUUUUGUUGCUGUGAAUAACAAGAAUGAAAUCCUGGUGACGGACUUCCACAAUCACUCUGUGAAGGUCUACAAUGCUGAUGGGGAGUUCCAGUUCAAGUUUGGCUCUCAUGGCGAGGGGAACGGCCAGUUCAACGCCCCCACAGGUGUGGCCGUAGACGGCAAUGGAAACAUAAUCGUUGCAGACUGGGGAAACAGCAGGAUACAGGUGUUUGACAGCUCGGGGUCCUUCUUGUCGUACAUCAACACAAGUGCCGACCCCCUGUACGGUCCCCAGGGCCUGGCCCUGACGUCGGACGGCCAUGUGGUGGUGGCCGACUCGGGGAACCACUGCUUUAAGGUCUACCGCUACCUCCAGUAAAAGAACUGGCGGGAGAGGAGACCCCCAGCCCCAGUGACAGGAGUGGACCUCUGAUUCUGCACUGCAGACCAAUAACUGUACACUGGUUAUUGAUUUGAAGCAUUUGAAGCCCCAAACUGUCGAUUUUGCAACCAAAACUCAGAUCUUCAGGUUGGAUUUGCCCAUCAGAAACACCCAUUUGAUAACAUGUCCUGAUGAGCCAUUCCAACAAGGACUUUUUUUUUUCGGUUGCAAAAUCGCCAGUUGUAAUUCUUCAAAUGCUUCAAAUCCGUUUAACUGUGUACGUAGGUCUGUGUCUACCUAGCCUGUUUGUCAUCAGACUACAGUAUAUCAACAACUCCUGCAAAGCUUCAUGGGAUUUCCAGGCUAACGGCUGGCUCCUGUAGGGACUGAGCUGGAGACUCCACUAUGCUGCAGACAGGCAGGGAGGCUGAUAGUAGGUCAAGCAGACCUGGCAUGGUCUUCCCAAAGGGCCGCUGGACUCUCCCUCUGCUACUCCCAUAGACACACUACUACACACAUACACAGUAUGCGGUACGUCUACUCAUGAGCACGUAUCAAUAUCCCUCCUCUAGUGCUGCCUCUGGCCUCGUGCGUCGAGAUCAGUAAGGACGUCUGAGGUGGCGAAGAGGUGCGAGGAGGGAGGAGGGAGGAGGUGAGAUGCCGUAGAAGGGGGCCUGUACGUGAGGCUUGAUUCUUCCAUCCUCCCUUGAUUCCUUCUUUUGUUUGCUCCACGGGAGGAGUGAAACAGAGGCACGAGGAUAGAGGACCGAGGAUGGAGGAAAUUGACUACUAGAGGAUAGAUAUUGAGAUGGCCUCCACGUCUUGCACUCUAUGUGAACUACAGGUGUACAACAUUGGCAGCUGGAAAGACAGCAGGCUGAGGAGUCGGGGAGAGAGAGGGGACUAUGUUUUAACAAGCUACAGCAUGUGCACUUUUUUUCUUUCCUAUUGAUGAGGACAACAUCAGAAAGAAUAUUUGUAUCCUAAUUAUGUCCACAUACAGGCAUCCAUACCAACAGAAAGCACAGAUAUGGUUCAUUUGAAUAACACUUACAUGUCACACACAGAGUAAAUAAAAGUAAUUACUGGCGUUUCCUUCUCGUUUUGUAUUCUAUUUAUGUGGCCUUCACCCUGCGUAUAGACCUGUUAGUGUAUCAUCUAUACCAAUCUGUCUUGGUUUGUUUUUUAAGCAUUUUGUUGUCUUUCUGGAGAAAUUGAUCAUAUCCUAUAACUACAACAGUGCUUGUGUUGUAGCUGUGUAUUUGUAUCUACAUAAAUAGAGAAAUACGUAUAUAUCUGUACAUAUGCAUAUGUGUGUAUAUGUAUAUAAACAUAUGAAGGUAAUUCACAGAGCGACACUGCAAGGUUGCUACAUGGAACUAUAAUAAACACUUUAUUUUACCGUCUAAUUGUUGUAGCUCAGUGGUCCUGUUUUGUUUCAACAGUCUAUAUUGAUGCCCUCCCCCACAAACCGGAUUUUGAAAAAGAUUUAAACACCUCUGCCGUAUCAGUAGCCACAUUUACAUGGGCACUUUUAAUUUAAACCGAUUCGGUUUAAUCGAACCGUUUACAUGGCGCCGCUUUCUUGUUUAAAUGUUUUGAACAUUUAUCAUUUAAUCGGUGUGUACUACAUUUCAAUCGGAUUAAAAGUGCCCAUGUAAAUGUGGUUAAUGUUUGAGGCAGCUGUCUGUACAUACGUGAUGGUUUUGACUGGACUCACCAUGUCUUGAAUGAAGUACUCUAUUCUGAGGACACGUUCAAUAGCACAACACAACAUGCAUGUUCAGGCUCUGCACUGUUUUUAGUUUUUUUUUUUUUUAAUUGUUUUUGAAACGUCAUAAGGGAGCCAAAAAGCUAUACAAGAUGUACUAUUAUUUUUCUUCUUUUUCUACAUCUUCCUUUCUAUAAAUUAUUUUUCUAAUUCUAUUUGAAUUGUUUCUUCUCCGCCAACCAUCCAAAUCUAUUGACCGCUAUCGUGUGAAGCGAAGACGGCUCAAGUGCCCUGCCUGUGACAACUCCUUGCUUUUAUUUGUCAUGAAAAAUGCCAAAUGUGUAUCAUAGCUGGUUGAUAUGGAAAAUACACAAUGAUUGUUUCUAUGUCGUGGGCUUAUCUCUCCCUAUAUAUAAUUUCAGUAUAUACACAGAGACACAUAUAACAUUAUCAGAUUUCACUAUAAUAGUGUGUCGUUUAAAACAAUAUAUAUAUUUAAACACGUAUAUAUACCAGCAAUGUAACAUACCAGUAUUGUUUUGUUGUUGGUGUUAUUCAUUUGUUCCAACAUACCCCUUGUGUGUCAUUUCCACUGAGCCUUCGUCAAUACAGCACACUCAUUGGUUCUGGCCAAAUGUUUUGUUAAUUGGCCUAUCAUCAGUUGUUUAACAAUACAAAAUACACACAUAAUGCAGUUGACACAUUCUGUUCUUGUACAAAACGCUGCUAAUAGAUAAUGAUACAAAGUUAUAGUCAUGUAUAUCCAUGCAAGUGCUCCUUUCCUCUUUGCAUGUCGGUUUGCAUUAUCAUUUUACCAGCUGACUGCCGGCUGACUGCAAGUGGUGAUAUCUUUGUAACACUAGCUACAGCAAGGGCCCAGGAAGAGGGGAGUAGGAUUUGGGGGUCCCCAUUACAUUAUUGUAUGUAUUGACAGGGGUGGGGGGUGGUGUGGUGGUGGGGUAGCCUAAGCUGUCAGCAGCCCUGCGUGGAUAUGGUAAGAAUAUGAACUUGGAACUGUUAUGGCUAAAUUCACUGAGAGACCACUCGAUAAAAACGCCCUAUAUUUGAUAGUAGUGAGGGUGAAGGCUACGCACCACCACUUUGAAGAGAUUUACUGUUUUGUUUUUUAUGCUGUUGCUCCAUGUUUUUCUCAAAAUGGUACCUACUAUAUGACAUCAACUGCUGGGUUCUGUAUUUAUCAGUUGCUGUAUGUGAACCUUUUACUUGGCGUGCAUUUUUUUUCUUGUUUUGUACAAAGCAUGAUCCUGAUGGGUUUUUAAAAAACAACAUCCAAGUAAUAAUGAAUAAAUAUGAAGAGAACUCUGUAAAGUGAAGUUGUGUAUCACAGACAAAGGCUUGUGUUGGAUUCCCUGUGGCACAUUUCUACCACUGUGUGAAAGAGAUUGUACAUAUAUUAAACAC